CCGGUCAAACUGUCUGCAAACAAAAACAUGGACCGGCAGCACCGCGACCACGACAGGGAGGACGCGGAGGACGCGGAGGACGCUGUCAUCCAGCAGCCGACCGUCGGCGAGGCGGUGGAGCAGCCGGCGGCCUCCACGGAGAGCGAUCAGGACCCCGGCGGCACGCAGUCCUCCCACCGCCUGCUGGCCUACAGCGACGCACUCAUAUCCAUCAUCGCCACCGUCAUGAUCCUGCCUGUGGCCCACACCAAGAUGGAGGAGGACGAGGAGUUCAAGCAGAGCGUCCGGCUUCUUCUCACCACCAAGAUCGCCGUCUACCUGAUGACUUUCCUCAUCGUCACCAUGGCCUGGGCCGCCCACAUCAGGUUAUUCCAGUUGAUUGUGCGGAUCGACGACUGCGUGGCGUUGUUGAACCUGGCGUGCAUGAUGCUGAUCACCUUCCUGCCGUACACGUUCUCUCUGAUGGCCGCCUUUCCUGCCAAUGUGCUGGGGAUUCUUCUCUUCUGUGGCUGUGUCAUGGUCCUCGGCGUCCUCCAGUCGCUGAUCGUGUUGUACGCCUUCAGCCGGCCGUUCCUCCUGGACCGCCACGUCCAGGAGUCAGAGAACCGCGAGUUCUAUAAGCAUCACAUCCUGAAAGUUCUGCUGAGGGUUCCUCUCAUGUGCCUCUUUGCCAGCAUCUUGUCCUUAGUCCUGUUCCAGCUGUCCUACGUGUUGUUGGCGGUGGUCAUCUUCCUGCCGUACGUCUCCCAGAGCGUCACGUGGUGCCGAAGUAAAGUCCUGGGUCCGCCGGAGGAGACUCCGGACUCUGCGAUGUUUCACGUUCCCAGCGAGCCGCUCAGCAAAGAGCGCGUGGAAGCCUUCAGCGACGGCGUCUACGCCAUCGUGGCCACGCUGCUCAUCCUGGACAUCUGCGAAGACAACGUUCCUGACGCCGCCGUGGUCCAGAAGCGCUUCGGGGGCAGCUUGGUGGCCGCCCUGCAGGUCUACGGUCCCGAGUACCUGGCCUACUUCGGCUCCUUCGCUACGGUGGGCCUGCUGUGGUUCGUGCAUCACUCGCUCUUCCUGCACGUCACCAAGGCCACGCGGCUCAUGGGCCUGAUGAACAUGCUGUCGCUGGCCUGCGUGGGCGGCCUGCCGCUGGCCUACCAGCUGACGCAGCGGUUCCCGCCUGACUCCCGCAACGAGCUGGAGGCGGUGCAGACCAGCUGCGUCAUCGUCUUCUUCGCUGGCGUCUUCCAGCUGGCCAUCUGGGUGGUGGCGCUCCACAGCGAGCGGGAGACGCUGCAGCCGGGGGUACGCUACGGCGGGCGGGAGCACGUUUUCAUGCUGGCCAAGUUGGCGCUCUACCCCUGUGUGGCACUCGGGACCUUCUUCCUCACCUGCGUCCUCGGCCGCUUCAGCGUCUCCAUCUUCCACCUGGUGCAGAUCCUGGUGCCCUUCGCCUUCCUCCUCCUGCGUCUGUUGGUGCGCCUCCUUCUGGCUCUGCUACCGCACUUCUACAGGAGCCCCGGGGUGCCCUUUAACCCCUUAGAUGCCUAGGGGGAGGGGCUAGGUGUUCUCCCUGCUAGUCAAGUUUCUUUAGAUGGUCAGUCUGGCUGCUUUCUGACUUGAAGCGUGAGUGAAGAAUGAAAGAGAUGAUGCAGUAUUAUCUGCACCUGGUGGUUGUUUGAGCCUUAAUGCUUCUGUCACACGCAGGAUUCUCACAGGAAUGAGAAAUGACUAGGCGGCGCUAUCGCCACUUAGCUCCGUAUUCUCACGCCCGUCCAUAAUGCUGAGGAGCAGGUGGCGCUGUCGCCUGGAAGACUGAAAUAUUGGAGAAAUUAAACUAAACAGAAAUAAGGUGGAAAGUGACAGAAAAAGUCAAAUUUUGUCUUUUUAUAAUACUUUUUGUUUUAGCAUUUUGGUGCGGUAAAUAUCAAAAGGCCUUUGACUCUCGAGUGUUGGAAAGUUAGCAUAAGAAGCUAGCGAGCAGCCAACAUCAAAGAUCAUGUAUGAACACAAGAUGCACCGACAAAAAGUUCCGUCCGUCAAAUACGAAGAAAAACACGCAAACUUUCUUUAAAAUGCACGCACAAUUCUUCUUGUCCUUGUUCUUAAGCACUUUAUUCCCACUCUUUGUAUUGACAUCGCUGUCAUCCCACUCUUCAUAUUUAUAUCACUUUCAUCCCACUUUUUAUAUUUAUAUCACCUUCAUCCCUCUCUUUAUAUUUUAGUGUGUGACGGGUGUUUUGUUGGUCAAUAUUUUAGCGUUUAGCAUAGUCUUCGUACAAACGGCAUCUGGAAUGUUUUUAAAAGUGAAAUGUGCUGUUGGACAAGAAUCCAGCAAGUGAGCAGCAGUUAUGUUAUUUCUAUUUUAGUUGACCUUUUUUCUACUAAAUGUUGUCAACUUUGUUUCCUUCACUUUGUCACGUCAGCUUCUGCCAAAUAAAACAGCUUCAAAUUG